ACAUUAUGGGCAGACCGGAUUACAGAGGCGUCGCGACGCUUAGACGUUGUUGUUUCAUGUUGAGAAAAUAACGUUCCACUUAAAUAAAAGAUUGCCGGUGACUAGACUUGGUGAUUCUCUUAACUUCUACGACUUUCUUUCAUUCGUAAAAAGCAAAUAAAGUGUACUGUUUAUGUAUCGUUUCAUUUUCAAUGUCUUUUUAGUUGACUAAAGUCAACAAGUGGCUUCAGUUAUUUUCAAUGGCUUAUCAAAGUGAUUUAUCAUAGUGAUAACGAUAAUCAAUACAAUUUUUUCCAAUUCAUACUACUGUGUGAUAAAAAAUAAAUAUUUCAAAAAGUGAUGAAAAGUUUAUUUAAUUGUUAAAUUGGUUACAACGAGGUUUUUUUUUAAAGAAUAUCCACGUGUUCUAGUGCAUGAGCUAUUUAAUUUAAAUCUUAGAAUAGACCCGGAAGUGCAUAGUUUCUCUAGCUUUUGUCUUCUUGUAAUUAAUUAGAUUUAGAAUAUAAUUUUUUAAUACUUAUUGAAUAUUCUUGUUUUAAUUUAAAAAAGUAACGUUUCAUAUUGAUUUGAAAAAAAAAAAAAUUAAUAAAAAAUAAAAAUCAAUGAAUAAAUUAGGAAAGUAAUAUUGGUUAUGAUCGAAUAAAAUUAUCAAGUGAAUUUAAAAAGACAUAAAAAAAUGGCAAUGGAUAGAACGAUGUAUGGAAAAGUACAGCCUGGAGCAUUAUAUCAACCUUACAGAAUUACUGUAAAAAAAGGAAGAGAUGCUGAAGCUCCAGGAUAUGCUUUAUUAGCGGAUUUACAAAAUACAGUGGCUUCUGAAGGGAGUCAUCAUGUGAGUAAUAAUACAACGCCUGGAUAUGGAUCUUUGAACGGUAGCAGAACUCAUUCUUCGAAUUACUAUCGAACUUACGAUAAUCGAACUUCUCCAUUGCCAUCGCAGUCGCCAACUUACCAAAACCGUGAAGUCAUUGAAGAAACAGUCAAGACAUCAGUACCCUUUCCAUCAUCUGGGAAAAUGCCAUCACUUAAUAACAAUCUUUCAGAACUAGACACUCUUCUUCAAGAUUUAAGUAAUGCACGAUACAACUCCAAUUUUAUAGAACGAGACACUAGAAUAUCCAGUAGUGGAGUCAAUAAUGGUGCAAUAAGUCCUAUGAUGAGGUCACCAAGCAGCUUAUCAGCAUCCAGACCUACAGUUGAUGCUCUAUUAGAAGAGCUUAGCACUGCUGUGCCCAAUGGAGAUUAUCCACCAGAAGGAAGAGUCAAAGUAACCAUAGAGGAAAGAUCAACCGAGGUUCAGCCUGUAUAUGAAAGUUAUCCGGGUCAACAAAAUUCAUUAGGACGUUCAGUAGAAACCCAUCGGAGUUAUACAAAUGGUCAUGCAGCAAGUAGUGCAACAAAAGAGCUCGAUGAUUUAAUGGCUUCGCUAUCAGAAUUCAAGAUAAAUGGUAGCACCCACCAGCAUCAAACAAUAACUGAUUCUCCCUACGCGAAACCCAACAAGGCAACGAAAAGUGCCCCAAGUCCGCUGCCAACAGAGACUGGAGAAUCAACUCGUAUUCACAUCACAGAAACCCACACGUCUCACCAGUAUCAACCGCAGCAGGGCGAAAGUAGUCAUACAUCAUCCUACGUCAAACAAAACCAGUUAGAUUCUAUGCUUGGUAAUCUUCAAGCAGACAUGAGUCGCCAGGGCGUUAAUACAACGCAAAAGGGAUGCUGCAGUGCAUGCGAAAAGCCAAUUGUUGGUCAAGUUAUUACUGCUCUAGGCAAAACGUGGCAUCCAGAACACUUUACUUGUACUCAUUGUCGUGAAGAACUUGGAACUAGAAAUUUCUUCGAACGUGAAGGACAUCCUUACUGCGAGAAUGAUUAUCAUAACUUAUUUUCUCCUCGCUGUGCUUACUGUAAUGGACCUAUUUUGGAUAAAUGCGUGACAGCUUUGGAAAAGACCUGGCACACAGAACACUUUUUCUGUGCACAAUGUGGCAAACAAUUUGGAGAAGAAGGAUUCCAUGAACGUGAUGGAAAGCCUUAUUGUCGUGAAGAUUACUUUGACAUGUUUGCACCCAAAUGUGGAGGUUGUAAUCGAGCAAUUAUGGAGAAUUACAUUUCAGCACUCAAUAGCCAAUGGCAUCCGGACUGCUUUGUUUGCAGGGAUUGUAAGAAACCAGUAUCUGGCAAGUCUUUUUACGCAAUGGAAGGAAAACCAGUGUGUCCCAAGUGUGUCGGAGUUGAUGAAGACGAUGAUGAUGAUGGAGAAAAUGAAGAAGAUUGUCGACAAAAAUUCCAAGGGGGUUCAUUUUUCGAUCAUGAGGGUUUACCUUAUUGCGAAACACACUAUCAUGCUAAACGUGGAUCUCUUUGCGCUGGAUGUCAUAAACCUAUUACAGGUCGUUGUAUAACUGCAAUGUUCCGGAAAUUCCAUCCUGAGCACUUUGUUUGUGCCUUUUGCUUGAAGCAGCUCAAUAAAGGUACUUUUAAGGAACAAAAUGAUAAGCCGUACUGCCAUAAUUGUUUUGAAAAACUUUUUGGAUAAACUCAUUGAUGUCAAGAAUUUCUACAAAAAAAAAAAAUCAAGC